CCGACACCGUACUACGGUACACUAUAUUAUACUUAUAUCGUUUUACAUUUUUUUACAUUGUUCCUGCUGCAGUGGUAGUCGUGGUGUCCGCGGCCGCGUUCCAAAUUUACGUCCGCACGCACGCACGCCGCACGGCAUCAGCUCUCGCUGUAGAACAAUAACAACAAAAGAUCGACCGACCGUCAUUUGCUCGCCAACAACUGACGUUUAAUAAUUUUAAUAAUAAUAUGCCGCGGGCGCCCUCGUCGUCGAGUAUUUAACACACAUUUUGUAUCAUAAUGUCCGGUGUGGUCGGCGGUUCGUAACGCAAAUAAUUUUCGCCAACCCGCCAGCGGUUUUCGCGUUACGAUUCAUUCGGUUUCCGCGAAAAUAUAAAGGGAACGACGAGCGAACGGGCCGCGCGCGUGAUGACCGGUACGGCAACGGUUAUUCGGUAUUCGGGCGACUUCUCCGUCGUCGGGUCUUCGUCGUGACGACAGGUGGACGCGAAUACCGAGUGCCGAGUGUCAUCGGUCGGGUCGUUGUUUAGUGGCGCGGAGCGAGAAGAGACCGUGACGGUUCGCGUUGUCCCGUGUAUAGUUUUUCAAAGUCCGUGUUCGUUCGCCGCCGCCGCUGAAGACUUGUGACGGGAUGGAAAUCGAUGAGCAGCAGACGCCGACCGACGACGUCUUAGCCACCGCAAAUCGCAUCGACCAUUCUGCGAUCACAAUAAUAUAGCCCAACCAUAAAACCCCCCCCGCGCAAGAAGAUUUCAUUGCGAAUUCCAAAAUGUCUUCCCAAGUAGAUUACCAAUGGGCAUAUACAAUAAUGGAUUCAUCUCGGGUCUCUACAUUUUUGAUAUCUAUUCUGUUAAUUGUUUAUGGCAGUUUCAGAUCUUUAAAUAUGGAACAGGAAGCUAGAGAAAGAGAAAAAGAAAAAUCUAAGAGCUCCAAUGGAAGCUCUGUGUGCUUAACAGAUAUUAAUGUUCAAACACUGGAUACUAUGCAAGCUUUGUGUUUGCCUCUGGGAGCUUCAAUAUCACUGUUAGUCAUGUUUUUCUUCUUUGAUUCUAUGCAAAUGUUAUUUGCAAUAUGCACUGCAAUUAUUGCUACCGUUGCGUUGGCAUUUCUCCUACUGCCCAUGUGUCAGUAUAUAAUUAAUCCAUGCUCGGAUGGAAACAAGAUCUCUUUUGGUAUAUGUGGUCGUUUUACAACUGCUGAGCUACUUUCUUUUUCAAUGGCAUUGUUUAUAGUUUGUAUCUGGGUACUGACUGGACAUUGGCUGUUAAUGGACGCAAUGGGAAUGGGACUCUGUGUAGCAUUUAUUGCCUUUGUCCGACUUCCUAGUCUUAAAGUGUCCACUCUUCUGUUGACUGGUCUUUUGAUCUAUGAUGUUUUCUGGGUGUUUUUCUCGUCAUACAUAUUUAACACCAACGUUAUGGUCAAAGUGGCAACAAGGUCGGCAGAGAAUCCUGUUGGAGUAGUGGCCCGAAAGUUACACAUUGGUGGAGUUGCCAAAGAAGCACCAAGGUUAUCACUUCCUGGAAAAUUAGUAUUUCCCAGUAUUCAUAAUGGGCGGUUUUCAAUGCUUGGGCUUGGAGAUAUAGUUAUGCCUGGUUUAUUACUGUGUUUUGUGAUGCGGUAUGAUGCAUAUAAGAAAUCUCAGCUUCUACAUUUCGGAGAAACUGGUGUUCCACCUCCAAGGCAUCUAGGCAGAAUAAGUUAUUUCCACUGUUCGCUAAUUGGAUACUUUCUGGGCCUAGUUACCGCUACAGUGUCUUCUGAGAUUUUUAAAGCAGCCCAACCAGCCCUACUAUAUCUAGUUCCGUUUACACUAUUACCUCUUUUGACCAUGGCCUAUUUAAAGGGUGAUUUAAGAAGAAUGUGGAGUGAACCAUUUAUAAUACAACAGCCUUCCAAACAUAUGGACGUAUAGUCUGUGGUAGCAUUUACUAUUAUAAUGUAUAUUUAUUUUUAGAACCAUUUUUGUACAAUUUUCUCUUUUAAUUAUUUUGUGUAAUAGAUUUGCAUAUGGUUUGCCCUUUCUACUUAAGGGGAUAUUAAAAAAAAAAAAACAUAUAUAUAUAUAUGAUCUUAUGUUUUCUGAAAAUCAACUUAUACUUUUACAAAUUAUUUCUUCUCCAACAAUAAUUUGUCUUUAUAUCAAUUGAAAGAUUGUGAUGUUCAUUUAAUUCCAUUUCUGUGAGUCCAUUUAUAUGACACAUGAUUUACUGAUCAAGUAUACAUAAUAUAAUAUUUAUAUAUUUAAAUUUUUUCAUACUACAUAAACUUUUCGUUAGGAUGGACUUGUCUUGUUAGUUUUUGAUGAUAGAGGUGGCCAAUUAUUAAAACAUUUAAAUAAAUCACUUAUUAUUAUUAUUCUAAGUAUCCAGUACUUGAAAUUGAAAAUUAUACAUAUUUUGAUUUUACAGUAAACUCGUAGAUCUGUUUAUUAUAUUGCAUUAAGUAUAACAUUUAAAGAUUCAUACAGAUCUUUUUCAACCAUAAUUUUUUAUUUAUUUUUAUUUUAUACUAUUUUCUAUUGUGAAGAAUAUUGAAAAAAACUGAAUUUAAUGAAUUCCUUAUCAUAAUAUUUAAUUUAAAUUGCAUAACCAUUUAGGCAUUGCAUUUGCACAUUUAACGCAGCUAUUAUCGUUUUCUGGAAUCUUAUGUAUGUUUAAAAUAUUGUUAGAUUUGAGAUUUAUAUUUAUGAUAUGAAUUCAAUUUUUGACAAGUGUUUGUUAUCAAACUAAAUGAAUGACGAGAAGUUUACCUAAGACUGAUUUAUUUUCUUUUUUCUUUAGUAUUAUUAUUAUUAUUUUUUUUAUAAUUGAGCAAAAUACCUAACUCGUAUUAUCUGAAAUGUGUUUAUAAUUACUAAUCAUUGUAUUGUAUCAUAUUUAUUUUAAGAUUUAUAGUAUAAUGUCUCACUAAAUAUAUUUGAUUUUGAGAAGCUAAAUUCAUAUAUGUAGUUUUUAACAGCAUAAUAUUUACCAAUUUUAUAGUCUCGUCACCCGGAAAACAUUAUAUAUAUAUAUUUGAUUUAUUUUCUGUUUGUAAUUGAAGUAAAUAUUGUAUGUAUUAUGUAUUUUAAUCUAUCUCUCAUCUUGAUGACCAUCUGGUUUUAAGUUAAAUAGUUUUUAUAGUACGUUAUUAAUUGUCCUAUUGUAUUAAGUUUACUAUACAUACAAUACUCAUAAAUAAGUUCAUAUUGUGUAAAUCAUAUUAUUAUUGUUACAUAAAAACAAAGUAUGAACGAAAACAUUUGAUUCAAAACAAAUAGGUAUUGUAAUUAUUUUGUUAAAGUAAAAGGUAGCGUACAUAUUGACUAUAAUUUUUUUUUCUUUAAAAUAUAUUCCUAAUAUAAUGGUAAUAUAAUAUUAUUAUUAAUGCUAAUCAACAUUUAAUAAUAAUAUUGCUCGUCGAAUGAAGAUACUUCAUAAUAGAUACCCAAUACUGGGUUAUCAUUUUAUUUUAUGUUUUUGUAUUCAAUAAAUAUUAUGUAUGUCAGACAUAGGCCAAAACAAUUAAUGAUAAAUAAGAAAAAAUACAUGUGAUAAUAUUGUUUUAUUCUAGAAAUAGUUUAUAAUUUUUUACUCGUUCAUGAGGACUACUAAACGCUCUUGUGACCUACAGUUACUUCGAAUUUGUAAAUUAUUAUAGUAAUCUUUUUGUUUUUUUUUUUUUGUUACACUGAUAUAUUAUAUUAUAUUAAUAAAACUUACGUGAUGUUUUACUGAAA